ACUAUCAGUCGACGUGAUUCCUUAACUUUAUCCUCUCGUAUAUAGACCUCGUACCUGCAUCCGAUCCGUGUGUAUUGCCUCGUCGUAUAAAUAGCAGCCAGACUCUGUAUCGAGAAGCCAGUGAAAAAUUCGUCCAUUACCAGCAGAACGUCUCUGAAAGCUGUUUCUCCCUGAAAAACCAAUCCAGGAAACACUUUCACCACUCAUAUCUACCACAUCCACAGUCAAGCCAUGUCUUCACAGCAGCGAAAAACGUAUAAGAACCAUCUGAAGCGAUUCAACAAUGGCGCAUCAAAUUCAGCAGAGUUGGCUUCGUUGGCCGAGAUGUUUGCCGACUGGGACGCCGAUGAGUUGGCUGGCCUUCUAGCCGAAAACAACAAUGACGUCGAGGUAGUGAUUGAUCUUAUCAUUAACGGCAAGGUCGCCAAAUGGGAACCUAUCAAGAAGGAAAAGAAAGUUUUCAAGAAGGAUGUCUCCAGUUCCAGCGACGAACCCGCAUCUUCCCACACCGCUACCAGCAUAGCAUCCACUAACUCAGGCAACGCUAACGACCACCACAAGUACAAGUUCAAGGACGGCAAGAAGUUCCCUAAGGAUAGUCAAAAGGGCAAGAAACCUUUUUCACAUAAAAAUUCUGUAGCUUCUUCCAGCGCUAUUGCUGGGUCCAACUCUGGUUCUACAUCCAACGCUCCCUCGAACUCGUGGGCUGCGGCUUUAUCAUCAGACAAGCCCAAACCAAAGCAUGUGGCUAAGGAACAGAUACAACAUCCAGAACCAGAAACGCAAGAUCAAGAGCCCGUAGUUGUAGAAGAAACCGAAGAAGAACAACCCGAAGAACCUGUUGCUGAAGUAGAAGAAGAACCGGUAGUAGCUGAGUCAAAGCCUGUGUUGAAGACGGCUUCUAUUCCAGAACCAAAGCAGGGAUCUUGGGUGUCUGCCAUUGCUCCAAAGCCAAAGGUCAAGCCUGCCAAGGCUGUCAGUGCUCCUAUUCCUGCCAAGGAGGAACCAGUAGUUGCUAUAGAAACUCCAGUAGAACAAGUUCCUGCUACCGCUCCAGUGGAAGCUCUUGCAGAAGAAGUAGCCGUAGAACAAUCAUAUGUUAUUUUGCCUGCUGCCAGUCAACAGAUCAACUCCGUAGGUGUUUCUUUCGGCUCGUUAUCAUUGGGUGACGACGAACAAGAACAAGAACAGCCUAAAGAAGAAGUAGCCCAAACACAGGAACCUAUCCAACAGCAACAACAGCAACAACAACAGCAACAACAGCGUUAUGGUUUAUACAAUCAAAACCAACAAAACCAAAACCCAAACCAAGCUCGCUACAACAACCAAAACCCAAACUCGUAUGCUCAACAAACCAAACAGUCGCAAUCUUCUUACGACUACUACAACCAAUACCAACAACAACAAUAUCCACAACAAGCUGCUCAAACUUUGCCCGGUGCUCAGUUUGCUGGAUACCCUGGUGUUGACUACUCUGCAUACAACAACCAGGCAGCCUAUGGAGUCUCAUCUCCAGCUGCUUCUAAUGCUACUACUGCUGCUUCGGCCUAUGGCCAAUACUCAGCUGGUCAACCUGCUUCGCAACCCGCUCCAGGCGCUGCCCAGGACUCUACUCAAUCGCCAGUAGUUAACCCUAACACUUUGCAACAGGUACAGCAGCAGAUCCCAACUCCCUUCGGCUACCCUUACUACUACAACUAUUACAACACACCUUUCUACGGUUCCGGUGCCGGUUUGGGACAGGGCAAUUUUGCUGGUCAACAGGUAAGUGGAACUGCAAGUGGCAGCAGUGCUACCAAUUCUGCCAACACCUCGUCUGUCGGCGGUAACGGCUUCAACUCUGCUCCAUCGCAGUACUACGCCCAGCCCAACCAGUACAACAACAGGUACCCAGGCUACAGCUACCCUCCACAGCAGCAACAGCAGGGACAGAGCCAGCAGAAUGGCUCUUCGGGUAGUGAAGUUGCCAACGGCCAACAACCACAACAAGGCCAGCCUUCUAACCCAUUGCCCCAACAGCCUAUCAUUCCACAAUACGGUGGGUACCAACAAUAUCCCCAAUACGGAUAUCAAGACAACGCCCAGUACCGUGGCUGGUACUAGGUGAUUGACGUUUGGGGUCGUAUUGUUCAGUAGUUAUUUGUGUACCAAAAUAU